CCCCCUUGGCCCCCUAGGUAUACAAACCAGGCGCCCAUCCCCGGACUUUAAAGACUUCUUGCCUCGUUUUAUCUUCUUUUCUUCACUUUUGACACUAUCGAGCGACACUCUCGCCACUCUUGCAAAGUGUGACCAGUCCUACCACAUAUAUACCUACCUUUGAGCAAAGACUUAUAUCUUCGUUUUGGUUACAGGGUUGAUCCUUGUCUAAGACAACCUUCUAGCCCAGGACAAGGCUGUCAUCAUCAAACGUUCGCCACUGCAAGACUACAAGCCAGCAAUUCUUGGAUAUAAAAGGAAGCCUGCUUGCCAAUCACCAAACAAGCCAUGAACCACCGCCCAGAACUUCGACGCAACGGGUCCUUCGGCUCGGACGCGUCCUCGUUCUAUUCGAGCCGUUCCGGGUCCGCCAACUCGGCGUACUCGGUUUGGUCGAUUUCGGAGUCCGACUCCUUCGUCUGGAGGGACGACCCCUACGGAUUCUACGGCGUAGGCGGCGCCGUGACGCGGUACGUCGACGACCGCGACGACUCGCGCAGGAAGUUCGCCGCGCACAUUCUGAGCGGGCCGUUCGCCCAGUUCUACAAGAAGAAGCGCCAGCAGACGAGCUCGCGCGCGCGGCCGGGCCGCAGCAGCACGCACAGCUCCCGCUCCAGCUCCCGCUCGAGCAUGGCCAGCGCGAAUGCGGAUCCCGGGAGACCAGGUCACUUCCAGCCCGACCCGCGGUUCCAGCAGCGUCCUGCGAGUGCCCAGCCGCAGUACUAUCACCAGGAGCAGCAGUUCGACGACGAGGAGCAGUUCCAGCAGGAGCCCUUCCUUCAGGAACCUUAUCCUCAGCCUCCGUUCCACCCAGGUUUUCAUGGUGGUCCUCCCCCUCCCCCUCCUCCACCACCUGCACCCGCGGGCGCUGGGUUCGAAGGAGGGUUCAUCCAGCUCGGCGGGCCUGGCGGUCCGCCGCCGCCGCCCCAAGGCGAUCCCGUCUGGGGCCACGACGCCGGCUACGGUCCCGGAGUACGUGUUUACGAUUAAAUUGUUAAUGGCCCACGCCUACCUGAUCUAAUCUAAUCCGGUGAGACGCCAGUGGCGUGGGAAGAGAAAAAAAAAAGAAGAACGCCUUUACUGCGAUGUUUACCUAUUUUAGGUACCUACCUACAGAUGACCUAGGAUCUCAGGAGUUUUACGGAGUGGAUUGGACUGGAAUGUUCCUAU